UUAGCAGUACGUAUAGUACCAAAUAUUUAGUGUGAUCCUUACUGCGGAUCGUCUCUGUGUGGCCCAGCCGCGUCAAAUUCGUUUUGCUCGUUAAAUGGUGUUCAAAUAUAACAAUCAGCAGAACCGGGCAAUGCAGCACAAUCAGAGCCAGCAGCACUGUCACAAUGCUCGUGCUGCAGCUGCUCCGUACAGAAAACCUUUUCGUGGGGCACCAGUGGCCGGGAGCAAAGCCAAUCAAAUGAUGUACUCAUCGUGCCAGAUGCCCAGCGACCCACUAUACAUAGACUUCAACAGACCCACGACCGUACCACCGACCAAGUCUGCAGCCGGGUCGGCAACCCAGGGCCAGGCCCACGUCCUUACCGUUCCGGCUGCCAGGCACCAGGGUACUGCCAGUCCGGCGGCCAAGCCCCAAGGCACUGCCUGUUCGACAGGCCCGCUCAAGACCAAUGCCAAUCCUGCGCAGUCUACCGCCUGGGAGAUGGCCAGGAAGAAGCCGCUCAAGAGUAAACAGCAGCCCAAGGGCAAGCACCAGCUGCCGCUGCAGCAAGAGUUCUCAGGACAUUUGAGCGGGAAUGUACACGCAAAUGGAAAUAGCGAGGGCGUCCACAAGUGGCCUCCCAAGCAGCGCUUUCAUCCCCAAAAUCGCUUUAACGGUGGUGGCUUUAACAGGCCUCCACCGAGCCAUGGUUGUCCACAUCACAUGAUGCCCGUCAUGGGACUAAUGGGACCGGGCCCACGACCACGCUGCGGAAGGCCAAUGCCAAUGGCGCCCUUUCCACCGAUGCCUUAUCCACCACAGAUGGUGCCGCCCAUGGCCAUGCGUUGCCCCAUGCCACCGAUGGGUGGUCCACCGCCACCGCCUCACUUCAUGCGCCACAACGGUCGCGGUGCACCAAUCCACAUGAUGGGGGGUCCACCCAUGCACUUGAUGGGUCCUCGCAUGCCGCUGCGUGGAAUGCCGCCUGGGGGACCCUUUGGCGGGGGAAUGAACAUGAAUGGCGGCCCAAACGGGGGCAGGAUCAAGAAACCGAAUCCGGUGCUGAUCAAGCAGGUGGUCAAGGGAAAGAGCACCAUCAAAACGCUUAAGAAUAUGGUGAAUCAGUACCCGCUGGACAAGCCUUGGGUGACGGAGCAGAUUCGCGGGGAGCACGACAAGAAGGUGGACAUCGAAAACCGUCUGAAGGGCAACAAGGACGAUGAGCUAUUUGCCCAGUUUAAGGUGCAGCGAGAUAAGUUCGUGGAACUGUACGAGGGGGCGCGCGAAAACUAUCUGAAGCAGGAGGCAGCCUCUGUUAUGGCCAAGGAUGCUAAACCAGACAAAGACAAAGAAAAAAACACAACUCAGAAUGCCGCCCAAGAUGCAGCGACUCCAAGUCCGUAGGCAGACCAAUUAAUGCGCAACGAAACGACCGAAGAUCCAAUCAAACAUACAGCAACAGCGACAACAAUGAGAAGUACAAGAAGUCUGAAAAAUGAAUUAAAAACGAGCCCGAAAAUAAACACGAAAACAGUGAUCAAGUGCCAGAGCCGCACCAGAGAACAGAGAAACAAAAACUGAUCUUACGACAGCUGCAUGCACCGAAAUGAUGAUACCCUACCCUGCCCUGGCCUGUCCUGUCCAAUGCUGUUGACUGUCGGGUCUCGUCACAAUAAGUUUUUGAUUGCGUCAAUGUAGUCGCACUAUACACAAACAGAUAUAUACAUACAUACAUUAAUGCAUGGCAUCUACGAGUAUAGCCAGCCAUAUUUAUGAUUCUUAUUCCCCUCCCGAGAGCUUGCUGCUGAUCGCGAGGAGCGAAAGAAACGAAAUAGCGAAAAAAGAAGACCCAUACGCGAGGGAAUGGAGUCCCUACUGCAUGUACCCCAGCAACUGAACUGAACUCCUUGAUUGUAUUUUUAGGUUCACUCUUAGAAAUCACAAAUUAAGAACACUAUGUAAAUAUGCUUUCCGACUGAUUGCAUUCACGGAUUGGUACUUUUUUUUUGCUUUGUCUCCCUCUGUCCCCGUCCCAGCCUAGCCUAGCCCGCCCUCAUAUCUUCCAAUACCUACUACCUGCCUACCUAGCGAUAUUAGACUUAAAUGCAACCUCUUGUAAAUAGACAGACACAAGCAAACGCACUCCGAUUACGUACUAUAUGUAGAACCUAAAUGUUGGUUAAUAAUUCCACAUUGAGAGAACAUUGAGUAUUCAUACACCCGUCCAUGCACCUGAGCACUCAAACACUCAUCGCCCAUCCAUCUCUUUACACGCACUGGCGUGGGCGGAAGCCAUAAGAAACGGUCGACACUGUAAUUGUCCCCCGCCUGUCCCCGUACCCGUCCCCGUCCCCACGAGAAGGAAAGGAAUUCCAAGAAACAGAGAUUUCAAAUGAAACUGAAAAAAAUA